CUGGGUGGAUGAGGAGGAGCUCGAGCUGCCGCGGAGAAUCCCUAGUAGAGACGGACGGCGCCGGAGAGCAGGAGGGCGAAAAUGAAAGCAGGCUGUAGCGUCGUGGAAAAGCCAGAAGGAGGUGGAGGGUAUCAGUUUCCAGAUUGGGCCUACAAAACAGAGUCGUCGCCAGGCUCCCGGCAGAUCCAGCUGUGGCACUUCAUCCUGGAACUGCUGCAGAAGGAAGAGUUCCGCCAUGUCAUCGCCUGGCAGCAGGGAGAGUAUGGGGAGUUUGUUAUCAAGGAUCCAGAUGAAGUGGCUCGCCUCUGGGGCCGCAGGAAGUGCAAGCCACAGAUGAACUAUGACAAGCUGAGCCGGGCCCUCAGAUACUAUUACAACAAGAGGAUCCUUCAUAAAACAAAAGGGAAAAGGUUUACUUACAAAUUUAACUUCAGCAAGCUGGCGAUGCCCAACUACCCUUUCAUCAACAUCCGCUCAAGUGGUGUGGUUCCUCAGAGUGCACCACCAGUGCCAACAGCCUCUUCCCGCUUCCAUUUCCCACCCCUAGACACACAUUCUCCUAGUGAUGUGCAGCCAGGGCGGUUCUCUGCUAGCUCCUUGAGUGCUUCUGGGCCUGAGACGGGUGGUACCACUGACAGAAAGGCGGAGCCUUUGGACCUAGAAGAUGGCUCAGCCUCUGACUGGCACCGGGCCAUGGAUUUUAUUCCCUCUCGAAAUGCUCUUAGUGGAGGAGGGAUUGGCCACCAGAAACGUAAGCCUGACAUAGUGCUUCCUCUCUUCACUCGGCCAGCAGUGUACCCUGACCCCCACAGUCCCUUCGCUCUCUCUCCAGUUCCUGGCCGUGGAGGUGUCCUAAAUGUCCCCAUUUCACCAGCCCUGUCCCUGACGCCCACCAUGUUCUCCUAUAGUCCCUCACCAGGCCUGAGCCCCUUCACCAGCACCAGUUGCUUCUCUUUCAACCCAGAGGAAAUGAAACACUACCUUCAUUCUCAAGCCUGUUCUGUGUUCAACUACCAUCUGAGUCCUCGGACUUUUCCCCGCUACCCAGGGCUCAUGGUCCCACCGCUGCAGUGCCAAAUACAUCCUGAGGAGUCGUCCCAGUUCUCUAUCAAGCUGCAGCCCCCACCAGCUGGACGGAAGAACCGAGAGAGGGUAGAAAAUAAUGAGGAGUCCACACACGGCUCUGCCCCAACCAGUGCGCCUUGUCCCUCUCGAAUCAAAGUAGAGCCCACCUCUGAGAAGGAUCCCGAGAGCCUCAGGCAGUCGACCCAAGGAAAGAAAGAACACUCCCAAGAAGUGGACACUGUGCGGACCAGAACCACUGAAGAGGGGAAAGGCACAGCGUUCGCCCACCCCUCACCCACCUGGCCCUCUGUACCCGUUGGCAUCCCCAGUGAUGAAACCCUAGAGGGGACUGAAGACAAUGAGGACAGGUCUGGCAAGGAGCCCAGUGCUCCUGAGAAGAAAGACGAUGCACUGAUGCCCCCCAAGCUCCGGCUGAAGAGGCGGUGGAAUGACGACCCUGAAGCCCGGGAGCUCAGUAAGACGGGCAAGUUCCUCUGGAAUGGGGCAGGACCCCAGGGCCUGGCUGCAGCAGCCACUGCAGCUGCUGAUGCUUAAAACCACAGUGGAAGGGAAGCUAUUCAUAUUACAAUCAGAUACACGUAUUUAUGUAGCAAGAUUCUGGGGUGGGAGGCGGGGUUAAGCUGGUUUGAUAAUUCUGGGGCAUGGACUUGUACUUUUCUGUUGGGGAUGACUGUCGUGUUGUACAUUGAGUGGGGUAUACACACACUCUUUUUUCUUGGUGAGUAGGAUGUAGGGAGGGUAUUGAACUGUGGGGGAAGGAGCUUGUUUCCUGUUUAAGACUCAUUUUCUGCCUGACAAGCUCCAUAAGAGCCCACUUUAUAGUCCCGUUACAGUUCAGGACUCAGAGUUUUUUCUGUUGUAUUUAUACAUAGAGAAAGCCAAUAAUGGUAUAUUUUGCUUUGAGAGAGAGAAAUAAAGGAAAAGGCUGGGAUGCUGGGUCGUAAGGAACAGAUAACAGCAUGUUAACUAAGAUAUUUAUUUCAGGAGAGAGAAAAUGUAAUUUCAGUCUUCCAGAAGUGGGGACAUUUAGAUGUCCUUCCCUCCUUUCUCCUCUCCCCGUUUCCCUCACUGGAGUACAUGUGCGCGCGUGCGCUCGCUCGCGCUCUCUCUCUCCCCCCCUCCUCUCUCUUUCUCUUUCUCCCCCCCUUCUCUCUCUCUCUCUCUCUCUCUCUCUCUCUCUCUCUCACUCACACACACACACACACACACACACACACACACACUCACACAUUUGGCUUUUUUUCCCCUUCUUAGAAAAUGUUUUCAAGACUUGAGUGUACUGCAGUUACGGUGGGCAGGGAGAGCACAGGAGCACCUGGCCCCUCAGCUUCAGAGCUGAGGUGGGGAGGAAGCCCUGCUGCAAGCUCCUUGACUGUCACCUACUUCACCUGUUAAAAAGCCAUGCGGAGUUGUAAACUCUUGAUCAGGGAAGAAAGAAGAGGGCAGGAGGAGGUAACCCAAUGCCUUUAAAAACAGAACAGAUGACAGAACCAGUCUUCAUUUUUCUUUUUACAUGAUUUGUUUGGGAAACCAUGCCAAGUAUAACUGAACAAGUUUUAUGAGGAGCAGGAUAGUGCCGCUGAAGAUGCUUUUCUGUUGUGUCCGGUUGUCUUACUGUUUCUUAAGUGAAGCCUUAACUAUGAACAUGCAUUAAGAUGAUACGGGUCUGUCAGCAUAAACCUGUAAAGGGCAUGAACACUGUUGAGAUAACCCAGGAAUGUUGAGGCAAUGUCGAAUUCCUAGCUGAUAGCUAUUCCCUCUGAUGUUACCAGGCUGGGUGCAAAGGGCAGGAUUGUAGGAAUGACUAAGUGCAGAGCAGCUGGGAACAAGUGCAGUUGAAACUGAAGGAAGAGGUAGGAAGGUGGUAACCAGGGGCCUGUUACCACAACUUACCAGAUGCCACAAGACCCUGUGGUGGUGUUGCCAUCCUUGUGAUCCCCAUUGCCCAGACUGUUCUGCUCGGUUGACUAUUCACAAAAUGCAGGUCACAGACGGGAGCCAUUUCUGUGUGGGAAAUUCCCUUACAAAAUUUCAAAGAAAUGGGAAGAUACUGAUCUUCUGUGAAAUGAAAUGCUAGCAGAGGGGCAGAGAGAAAGCAGCAGCAGCCAACGUCCUCUGUGUACUCUGGUGCCUACAGUGGCCCGGGGCAGCGGGAAAAAGUCAUUCCGUAUCUGCUGAGGCAGGGGAUGGCAUUGAGGCAUCCGUGAUUGCUGAUUCCACCACCUUAACCUGGUUGAAAACUCUCUAUACCAGGUAAUACUUGAGUGUUAUCUUUUGAUGGUGGGGUGUUUGGUUUUUCUUUAACUGAAACGCAUGCACAAAAGGAGCUCAGGAGACAGCAGCUGACUCAGGAUGACUUGAGCCCAUCAUUGCUCUUCCUUGUCGCUUGGUCCAGAUUCCAUACAUGAGCAACUGUCUUUCCCCUGGAAAGGGACUGAGAGGUCUCUGGUGACCCAGGCUUUCUUUGGUUGGGCCACAAAGGACUCGCCGCUCUUGCUGUCCUUGUGGCUGUGUUUGAUCUGCUUCCUUCUCUCACCCUGACUUACCUCUGAAUCUAAAGCAAGCCCAGCGACUAAAGGAAGGCUCUCUGCUUGGUGUUGCCCAUCAUAUCAGGGAGGCCAGGUGGCCGCCAGUGUCUGCUAGAAGGGCUUGCCAGCGAGUGUCCGAGUGAACUCAGGAACAGAAACGUGGGGCCUUCAAAAUGAGAGGAGGAAAAUCCAUGAUGCACACCUGUGAUCCCCUAAAACCCAAGUGCCAGAAUUAAUCCCUAGAUGCUGCUUCCAUUUGAAUAAAUUCACUGCUUUUACAUUUGAAAAAAACAUUCAGAAAUGUUGAACUCAAUGAAAAAUGCUUUUGGACUUUUACUAAACUAUGCUGUUUUCUUUGAUUGCCGUUCCACCUGUAAUUUGUUGGUUGAUUGGCACUGCAAACAGUUGGAGUUUGGAUUUGGAUCUGGGGAAGGGUCUGUCUAAAUAGCAGAAGAACUUGGGCUUGCUCUGGAAGUGGAGCGAUCAUUGAUAUACUUACUGGAGCAAAGGAAUGAGAAUUUGUUCUCUCCCCAGCCCCCUCCUGGCACUUCCUGCCUCCAGCCUGGUGUGAAAGAAGGUGUCGCCUUCUUUGAGCACAUCCUUGUCCAACAACAGAGAGAAAGGGGUUAGAAGCUGGAUAUACUUCCUCUCCCUCAUUUUUUUUCCUUCUAAAUUUUGUUGUGCCAAAUGUGUAAAACUUUGUAGGUAUAAAUCUAUUGAAAUUUCACUAAUCAAGAGCUUGUUCAUUUAAACAGUUUGCUUUUUUAGCCAUAGAAAAAGAGUAGCAAAUUCUCAGGGGCAUCGGCAUUGCUGAGCUCGCCUCUUUUUGAAGUAAAAUAGAGACAGGUAUAGUCCGUCUCCCCUAGGUGUCGGGCUGUUCUGCGUUAAACCCAGCUCAGUAAUACAGGGAACCCUAGUGACCCAUAAGCCAGGGAACUUCCAGAGGCAUUAAAAAAAAAAAAAAGAAAAAAAAAGAAAGAAAAAAGUUAUAUUCCACUGCCAAGUGGGUAGUCAUUUAGCUGUUUGUCCCUUGUUUUUUAUUUAUUCUAUAAUUAUGUUUGUGCUUUUUCUUGUGUAAACUGUAGUGAGGCAUAUGUUUUUAUGUGGCUUUAGAGAUACUUCAAUCUUCAAAGAACUGUUCCAAUUAGUUCCUUCUUGGAAAAAGUUAUGUGUUAAUUUGUUUCAACAUAUUUAGACAUUCUUUGAAUUAUAAACUUGUGAUGCAGGGAUUUGUGAAUGAGACAUUCACAUGUGAAGAUGACUUCACCAGACAUCUGUGUAAGCAGAAUAAGAUGUGUAUAUGUACAUAAAUUCUAAGGAACCUGAACACCAUUGUGCAGUGCCUUUUAGAUGUUCUGCUUUCUAAAGUCUUCAAAUUUUUGCAUAUAUAUUAUAUAUAUGAUGUAAUGUUAUAGAAAUAUAUGUAUAAUAUACAUAUUUUUUCCAGGGGUAUCUGAUAGCUCUGUAUUUUGUUAUGGAAGUCGAAAGAAAAAAAAGUAUU